AUGCCAAGUUACCUAUCUUUUCCACAUUCCUGUUCAACACUCGGAAGAAAAAUUGCCUCUCUGUACAACAGCUUUACUAGUAAACCAUUAAAAGAACACAUUUUUCCUCCUCUGAUGAAUAUGCUAAUAUUUUUAAAUUUUUUCAAAGCACCAUUUCUUGUGGAUUUAAAGAAACCGGAGUUAAAGAUCCCUCACACGGUGAACUUGUAUAUCAGAGUUGAACCUGGGGUGAUUCUGGGAAUCUGGCACACGGUUCCCAGCUGCCGGGGGGAAGAUGCUAAGGAGAAGGACCAUGGCUGGUAUGAAGCAGCCCUUCAUGACGGCAACCCAAUUAUUGUUUAUCUUCACGGCAGCGCAGAACACAGGGCAGCUCCUCACAGACUUGAGCUAGUAAAGGUGCUGAGCGAUGGUGGCUUUCAUGUUCUGUCUGUGGACUACAGAGGGUACGGGGACUCCACGGGUGAGCCCACGGAGGAGGGGCUGACCACAGAUGCUGUUUGUGUCUAUGAGUGGACCAAGGCGAGAAGUGGCACCACGCCUGUGUGUCUCUGGGGCCACUCUCUGGGUACAGGAGUUGCAACAAAUGCUGCAAAAGCACUAGAAGAGAAAGGAUUCCCAGUUGACGCUAUUAUCCUGGAGUCUCCAUUUACCAACAUAUGGGUUGCAAGUAUUAAUUAUCCCUUGUUAAAGAUUUACCGGAAACUUCCAGCAUUUUUACGUGCGCUUAUGGAUGCCCUGAGAAAAGACAAAAUAGUCUUCCCUAAUGAUGAAAAUGUUAAAUUCCUGUCUUCUGCCCUUCUCAUCAUACACGGUGAGGACGACAGCACGGUGCCUUUGGAGUUUGGAAAAAAGCUCUAUGAAAUUGCACGCAAUGCGUAUAGGAACAAAGAGAGGGUCAAGAUGGUGACCUUUCCUCCUGGUUUCCAACACAACUUCCUCUGUAGAAGCCCUACACUAAUAAACACUGUGAGAGAUUUCCUGAGCGAGCAGUGGGCAUGA